UUCUUCCUGUUUCUCUGUCAGUGAUGGAGUCAGCCAUUGGUGUACUCGUGUCCCAGUUCAAGGCGUUUGCUGGAAGUGAUGGAUCCUCAGACACACUGAGCAGAGAUGAGUUCCAGAGCCUGGUCAAAACACAACUCCCCAACUUCGUUAAGAACGCUGGUGACCCAGCUGUCAUCGACCGACUCAUGGACUCAAUUGACGAGAACAACGACGGAGAGCUCACCUUCCUGGAGUUCUGGCAGCUGAUUGGACGACUAGCAAAUCAACACGGCGGCUUUAUCCAAUAGGAUGUCACCAUAUAAUUACAAUGAUAACUUAUUCUAAUGGUAUGGUUAUCCCCAUGUUGUGUUUCUAAAUUGUCAAGUGUUUGCUAAAGCUA